AUGACUUAUCCGAAAAGAAUACCUAUAAAUGCGUGGUCUGAUGUUCAUAGGGUGGCAAGGCCACUAAUUAUUACUUUUGAUGCAUAUAAUACAUUAUAUGCUACAAAACUUCCUGUUAUGGAACAAUACUGUAUUGUUGGACGUAAAUACGGUAUCAAGGCAAAUCCUUCAACGUUAACAAAUAAUUUUCCACACGUUUUUAAGAAACUGAAGGAAGACUAUCCUCAAUACGGAAAAUAUUCUGGUAUUAAGCCCGAAGAAUGGUGGUCCAUCUUGAUUAGGAACGUCUUCGCACCGAACGCAAUCCCCGAUGAGAUGAUAACUGAAAUAUUGACGCGGUUUGAGGGCUUCGAUUCUUAUUUUGUUUACCCAGAUUUGGUUAAAUUUUUGAAAGAUUUGAAGUCAAGACGUCCCGAUAUUAUUAUAGGGAUAGUAAGCAAUACUGAUCCAAUUUUUUACAAAUUGUUAAAGAAUAUCGGAUUGUAUGAGACAUUUGUCGGCCACAUUUAUUUGUCAUAUGAGCUUAAUCUCGCCAAGCCUGAUAGAGCAAUAUUCCAUUAUGCGUUUGACGAUAUCAUAUCUAAACACCCUCAUUUGCUAGAAAAGUACUCCAAGGAGGAAAUUCUGCAGCAUUGCUUUCACAUUGGAGAUGAGUUACACAACGAUCUUGAAGGGUCAGAAACUGCCGGUUGGACCGGUAUACUGUUGGAUAGAAAUGAUAAAUACGGGUUUCUUUCAAAUUCGAUUAGUAAACCAACCCGGGAUGAAUAUAAGCUGUCAAUUGAUAAAAUAGAUAAUAAUUCGAUAGACACUUGGAAAGCCAGUACUAAACAAACCGACACUGUACAAUUGAGUGAAAGAAAGUACGUUGUUUCAAAUCUUGAAGUCUUAGAGGAACUCUUUCCAUGA